UAUAGAUAGGGCCUCAUUUUCAGGUCGGCAAUUCUCUCUAUAAAUAUCUUGUAGGUUCAAUCAUUUACUUUGUUCAAUUUUUCUUCUUGGUAACUAAAAUUGGAGGGCAAACUCAGAAAAGCAAAUGGCAGCAUCAACAGGAGGAAGAUCUCUGGAGCAAACGCCAACAUGGGCUGUUGCCAUCGUCUGCUUUGUUUUGGUCUUAAUUUCGAUAAUUAUCGAACACAUAAUUCAUCUGAUAGGAAAGUGGUUGAAGAAGAAGCAUAAAAGGGCUCUAUUCGAAGCGCUGGAAAAGAUCAAAUCAGAGCUUAUGCUAUUGGGAUUCAUAUCCUUGCUCCUAACAGUAGGACAAGGGCCAAUAUCAAAUAUAUGUAUACCCAAGAGUGUUGGGGCGACUUGGCAUCCUUGUGGUAAAAAGCAAGAAGAGGAGUUGAAUAAGGAUGAAGAAUUGGAGUCAUCCGACUCCGAACACAACCGACGGAAGCUACUUUCAGCGUUAACUUCCGAUGGUAGUUUCCGGCGUGUUUUGGCGGCCGCAGGAACAGAUAAAUGUGCAGAAAAGGGUAAGGUCCCAUUUGUGUCUGCCGAUGGUAUCCAUCAACUACAUAUAUUUAUCUUCGUAUUGGCUGUUUUCCAUGUCCUCUACUGCAUCCUCACCAUGGCUUUGGGCAGAGCCAAGAUGAGAAGUUGGAAGCACUGGGAAAAGGAAACAAGAACUGCUGAAUAUCAAUUUUCUCACGAUCCAGAGCGAUUCAGAUUUGCCAGGGACACUUCCUUUGGAAGGAGGCACUUAAGUUUCUGGACCAAAACGCCAUUCCUCAUUUGGAUAGUAUGCUUCUUCAGGCAAUUUGUGAGGUCGGUUCCUAAAGUCGAUUACUUGACUCUUCGCCAUGGGUUUAUAAUGGCUCAUUUGGCACCUCAAAGCCAUCCGAAAUUUGAUUUCCAAAAGUACAUCAACAGAUCCCUCGAGGAAGAUUUCAAAGUGGUCGUGGGUAUCAGUCCCCCAAUUUGGUUCUUCGCGGUGAUAUUUUUACUCUUUAAUACUCACGGCUGGUAUUCUUAUCUAUGGCUACCGUUUAUCCCGUUGAUUAUCAUUCUUCUGGUGGGGACUAAGCUACAAGUUAUUAUUACAAAAAUGGGUCUGAGAAUUCAAGAGAGAGGAGAGGUCGUAAAGGGCGUGCCGGUGGUUCAGCCAGGUGACGACCUCUUCUGGUUCAACCGCCCUCGUCUCAUUCUCUAUCUCAUCAACUUCGUCCUCUUUCAGAAUGCGUUCCAGCUCGCGUUCUUUGCAUGGACUUGGUUCGAAUUUGGGCUCAAAUCUUGCUUCCAUGAACAUACAGAAGAUGUGGUCAUUAGAAUCUCAAUGGGGGUCCUGAUUCAGAUACUCUGCAGCUAUGUCACUCUUCCUCUUUACGCCCUUGUAACACAGAUGGGUUCGACAAUGAAACCAACGAUAUUCAACGAAAGAGUAGCGGCGGCUCUAAGAAACUGGCACCACACUGCCAAGAAGCACAUAAAACAGAAUCGAGGCUCCGUGACCCCCAUGUCUAGCAGACCUGCCACACCGUCCCACCACAUGUCUCCGGUCCAUCUCUUGCGCCACUACCGCAGCGAGGUGGACAGCUUCCACAAUUCCCCUGCAAGGAAAUCUAAUUUUGACACCGAUCGUUGGGACACGGACUCUCCAUCACCCUCUCAUCCACACUUCCUCAACGCCGAUGGUUUUUCAUCCCAUCACCACCAAAUCGAGUUGGGACAUGUUGAGCAUGAUGUUGAGUUCAACGAUCCCAACUCUGCGCAAGUGGGUGUUGGCGGUGAGGAGUUAAAUAAUGGCAGCGGAAAGAAGGAUUUUUCAUUUGACAAAAGGGCAAGCGUAUGAUAUGCUACCACCUUCGAGAUUUGUUAGUAUAUAUAUUGUCGUUUAAGACAAUGGGGUUGACAAUGAGGAAACAUGAAUCUUAUGCGUACAUUUUGAAUCACCUCUUGUAUCUUUAUAUAGUUCUUUAAUUUUCUUCC